AGAAUUUUAUUUAAAAUUUAUGUGGAAAGAAAAAAAGAUAAAUGAUCUUUAAACUAUUGAAAAUGGAACAGAAAAAAGUUAAGUAUUUAUCAGUCCUAUGAGUCACUUUUAGGAGUGAAGUGGUGAUUUCUUUUAUCUUUUUUUCAAAGCACAAUAAUAUAAAAAACCAGAUCUGCCGAAACCCGGGAUCGAACCAGGGACCUUUAGAUCUUCAGUCUAACGCUCUCCCAACUGAGCUAUUUCGGCGACGUGCCCAUGGUCCGCUCGCGCCAAAUGAAAGGGGUUCAUAUGUCUUAUUAGCGCUGAAAAGUGCAUAAGAUAUAAUUAAUGUCUGUUGUCAGAAGACGUGCCAAAGACGACACUUCUCUGCCACAUAUGCAACUUUUUGCCGACUACAAGCAGCAGGCACACAUGUAACUUUGUCAUCAUUAGACCCUCCCCCCUCCUUUGAGUCAGCAGUUUACACACGGGGAUGGUGGGAUAAUUUUCAGUUCUUUUAAAUCGAAACCAACAGAACCGAAAGUAAAUGUUGUUUGGUUGACAGACUGCGACUUAAAACAGACGGUCACAAUGUCAGUUCAGUUCUCUGGAUGGGAGGUGGUGGACGAUGGCGCCUGCUUUCCUGGCGUGAUGCUGGCGCCGGCACAGAAGCCUCAGAACAAGGGCAUCUACAAAAUGUUUCACGGAACCAGUGUUGCCAGCGCACGGGCCAUCGUCGCUGGUGGAUUCCAGCCGUCAUCUGGUGGCAUGCUGGGAAAGGGCGUGUACAUGAGCAGGGAUGUGAAGAAGGCCUCUAACUAUCCCUAUCUAAGUACCUCUAGUAACCGUGUGAUUUUAGAGCUGCGUGUCCGUGUAGGCCGUGUCAAACGCAUAGACAAGGACAACCACCCUUUGCAGCACACCUGGAGCAGUAAUGGCUACAACACCGCUUGGGUACCCCCCAACUGUGGUAUGAAAUCUGUGCCCAGCGGCCUGGAGGAGGACUGUGUGUUUGACCCUAAAAGGGUGACAGUUGUGGGCGUCGCAAAAGCACCAACCACCGCAAUAGAAAAGGAGCUUCAGCAGCUUCUCGCCAAAGCGUCUAAACAACCCAAGGGAAAGGGUGGUCACCGUAAAGAUGUUUGUUCCCUGUGCAAGAGGAAGACCCAACAAGGAGCUCAUCACAUCAAGCAGAAGUGCUGGACGUGUGGUCAAGACAUCUGUAUUCUCACGUCCAAGCACUUCUGUCAAAGGAAACGCAGGAUGUCACUGCAGUUCUUUGGCUGGGAGGUGACCUAUGACGAUGACUCUCCUCGUCUGGAGCUGGGGGCCUCACAAGAACCCAAAGACCGGGGCGUCUACACCAUGUACCAUGGCACCACUGUUGCCAAUGCGCGUCUCAUCAUUGCUAAUGGCUUUCGGCAGUCAACCAAGGGCAUGCUGGGGAACGGUGUGUAUGUGAGUCGUGACAGAAAGAAGGCAGAACGUUAUCCUCUGAACAUCAGCGCUCCAGAUCGUGUGGUGCUGAAGCUCCAUGUGCGCGUUGGCCGCGUCAAACGCAUAGACAAGGACAACCAUCCGAUGCAGUACACCUGGAGCAGUAAUGGCUACGACACAGCUUGGGUACCCCCCAACUGUGGCAUGAAAGCUGUGCCCAGCGGUCUAGAGGAGGACUGUGUGUUUGACCCAAGCAAAAUAACGGUUGUGGACAUUGCUAGGGCUCCAAACUCAGAUCUGGAGCCACUUAAACAGCUUGUCGCCAACAGUCUCGGAAAGCCCAAAGUUGCAGUUGGCAGUGGGGCUGUUGCAGCUGAUUGUUCACUGUGCAACAGGAAACUACGGCAGAAUUCUGCACAUGUCCCGCAAGCGUGCUGGGGAUGUGGGCAAAACAUUUGCACGCUAAUGACCAAACAUGUCUGUUCAGUCAGGAUUUAAGAGGAACUUUAAUCUGAUUCGCUCGAUUCAAUUAAUCAAGUGAAGUGCAGGGAAACAAACUGAAUGUAACUUAGGACAACAGAUGUUUCUCAGGAUACAACUGAUGUGUUGUAAUGUGCAUCAACUUACGCCAA